ACGCUCCCGGCCCCUCAGCCUCCUCAUCCUCGCCUCCUCCGCCGGCAAAUCUCAUCGGCCUCAUGUCCAAAAAAGGCUGCAAGAACUUCGCCGAUCUACUAACCGCGGGCACCGGAGAAGCCUCCAAAUCGUUCUCCGACUCCGUCUCCGGCGGCCUCACCGUAUUCUGCCCUAACGAUGGCGCGGUCAAGGGAUUCGCGCCGAAAUUCAAGAACCUGACCGCCGACGGGAAGAUCUCUCUGCUCCUGUACCACGGGGUUCCGGUGUACUACUCCCUCUCCUCCCUCAAAUCCAGCAACGGCGUCAUGAACACUCUGGCCACCGACGGCGUCGCCAAGAACUACAACUUCACCGUGCAGAACAACGGUGAGAUCGUGACGAUCAAGUCGGCGGGGACCACGGCGAGCAUCAAGACGACGGUGGUGGAUAAGGAUCCGCUGGCGGUUUAUAGUGUCGAUGAGGUUUUGGAGCCUGCGGAGCUGUUUAAGCCUGCGGAGGUUCCGUCGCCGGCGCCCUCGCCGGCGGAGGCUGCCUCAUGCUCGGCGGAGGGAAGGGAAGGAGAAGAAGAAGAAGCAUGCGGCGUCGGCUGAUGCUCCGGCGGGCCCGAUGGGCAGCCGGCGGAUCAGAAGGCGGCGGAUGAGAACGGAGGGAGGAGAGAGCCACGUGAUGUGGUGGGCUUUGGCGGCGAUGGCGCGGAGUGGCCAUGGCAGCUUAGGUUCUAUUUCUGUUUUUUUUUUUUUUUUUUUUCCUUCAAGGGAUUUGGAUUUGUUGUGAUAUUUUUGUUUGUAGUGGAGUUCCAAUGCAUUGAACAUGGAAUAACGAGUGGGAGAGAGAUUGCCCUUUUAGAGGGGUUUUUUGUUGUGCGUUUGUGUUUUUCAAUUUUUUUUUUUUUUAAAUUUCUUAUAUAGGAUGUGUGAUUAAGUUGUAACAUGAUGAAUUGAAAUGAAGGUAAGUGUUUGAUGAUGCUUGAAUAUUCUUUUAA